GUAUGUUUGUGCAUGAAUGUUGAAAGAAAAAAUUGUCCGAAUGCAAAAACAACAACAAACAUCUUAGCAUUAAUGUUUGCGUCGUGAAACAGCUGUUAUUGAUCUCUCUCUCAAUUCAGCGCGUCUCUGCCGAUUCAGCAAACGCUCUCCCAUAUGCGCGCUGAAUGCUCAAAAAAAAAAAAAAGGAAAUUUAAAACACUGAAGCGUUCGUUUCAUUUCGCUUGCGCUGCUCAACGUGAACGGACGUGUUCGGGCAAAUUUCUCCGCCUGUCGUUAACGUAUGAUAAAUAAAACUAUAAACUGCACGCGUGUUUUUGCAUAUAAAUAAAGACUGAACCAACAACAAAAAACAAACAAGCAAAACACAAACUCAAUUUGCAGCUUAAAUAGUUUACGAAAAUAAACAAGACUGAUUAAACAAUACAAUAAACGGAAAAUAAUUGAAUUACGGGUGCGACACAGCAACAUGAAAUAACAAAACAUCAACAAAACUAAACCGAAAGCAAAUUCCAAAUAAAAAAAUUUAUAUAUACAACCGCAGCAGCAGCAGCAUAUGGAUUAACGUUCCUCUUAUACACACAAACACACAUACACACACUCUCGGAUAAACAGCAGCUUUAAUUACAGUUAAACGCUGUCUAUUUCUCUCACUUCUUGGAUUACCAGUGCCAAUUCAAACAAAAAGAAAAGAAAAGAAAAUACAAAAUUGUCAAAGUCUAAGUGCAGUGAAAAGCUCUAAAAAGAAGAAGAUAAAAUGAAAUGCUGAAUAAUUAAGCAAAGCGUAAACAAAAACAAACAUAAAGCUUUAAAUCUUGUGUGUGUUGAACAAAAAAAACCAACAAGUAAAAAAUGACGAUGGCUGCAUGUUAUGCUAAUUACGACAUGUCCUCCAUGUCGUCUCUUUCGCACAGCAUGUCGGCGGCGCUGCAACAGCAGCAGCAGCAGCAACAACAGCUGCAGCAACAGCAGCACCAUCAACAGCAGCAACAACAGCACAUGUACCAUGCUGCAGUUGCGGCGCAUCAACAACAGUUGCUGCAACAGCAACGUCAACAACAACAGCAGCCACCCGCCAACAAUAACAACAAUGGACGCCAUGCAGUUGGGACACAGGUCGCGGCUGCUAGCAGCCAGCGCGGCAGCAAUCAGCAGCAGCGGCAACAGCAACAACAACAACAGCAGCAGCAGUGGCAGCAGCAGCUCAGCAGCAGCAACAAGGACUACAGCAUUCCGUUGCACGUCGACUGCAGCGUCGAGUACGAGCUGCCCAAUCAGCCAAAGCCGCCCGCCGGGCAGCGCGUGGAGCCGCUGCUGAUGAUCCAUCCCUGCUAUUUCCGCAAAAUGGAGUCACAGCGGCGCAGUCCGUUCGUCAACAAUAUGCAGGCGACGGCGACGGCGAGCGCGCGUAGUGCUGCCAGCAGUGCUGUGAGCAGCGCAGCUGCUUUGGGCAGCGGUGCGGCAACAGCGGCGUCAGCGCCUAGCAGCAGCAGUGCAGCGCGACGCAAGACCCAAAUGCAACAGCAGCAACAGCAGCAGCAACAACAGCAGCAGCGACAGGCAGCGUACCAGCAGCAGCUGCGGCAGCAACAGCAACAACAACAGCAGCAAAUGUCACAAAUGUCGCAGCAGGCGCUGUAUCCAGUGCAGCAGCAGCAGCAACAGCAACAGCAACAACAGCUGCGACAGCAGCAACAGCAACAACAACAACAGCAACAUCGCAACCAAAGUCGUCAAAGCCAAAGCCAAAGCCACGCAGCAGCCAACUCAGUCGCAGCCGCCGCAGCAGCAGCGGCCGCUGCAGCAGCAGUAGCGACGUCGGCGUCGAGUCAAUGGGAGCAAUUGGCCGCUGCGCUGACGCCACACCAGCAGCAGCAGCAGCAGCACUCACACUCACACCCACACGCGCACACACACUCCCACCCACACACGCACUCGCACCCACACACACACACACAUACGCAUCAGCAGCUGCAGCAUGCGGCGUCGCUGUAUUCGGCAAAAAGCAGCAACGCGGCCGCCUCUGCCAACACCGGCGGCAAACGGGACGCAUUGCUAUCGGGCAGCAGCGGUAACAACAACAGCUACGCCAGCAGCACUGUCAAGCACCAGCAGCAACAACAGCAGCACUGCCUGCCUCCGCCUGUAGCGCCUUGGGAUGCGGCGGCUGCGGCGGCGACUGCGCUGCUUAUUGACCGCUCACCGAUGGCGACUGUUCCUAGCAAUUAUCAGGCCGGUCCUGAGGCCACGCCCAUGCACCGGCUGCCGCCCACGGCGUCGACAGACAAGUUGAGCGGCAAAUACCGCCAAUAUCUGCGCACGCAGCAUCGGAUGCAUCCCUACGCAGCAGCAGCGGCGGCGGCCGCCUCCCUCGCAGCAGCAGCAGCCGGCGCCAACUUGGGUCCGGCCUCGUUUGUGCCCUUCGGAACGGCGGCGACGUCGGCAACGGCAGCGGCAGCGCCAACAUUCCAGCAACUGCAGCAAAUCUCCUGCUACAACGUGUGAUCCUCCUCCAGCAACAAUAACAGCAACGGCAACAUCAGCAGCAACAACAACAACUGAGACAGACGCUUACCAAGUAAACGUCAAUGACGUAGAAAACAGAAAAAGAAAGAAAAAGAAAAUCAACUGCAAAACGCUUUUUGAAUAUCCUGUUAUACUAUUCUCUUAUUCUUUCACUGUAUCCUGUUUUACUGUAGGGCUUGCAAUGUGCCUGGUGUUAAGCAUGUAAACGAAACGAACGGUAUGACAAUAAAAAGAAACGUGCAUAGCCAUAAGAGAGAGAGCGCAAAGCAAAAGAACGGUGCCCUAAGCAUAUGCAUGUGCAUAUGUGUGUCUAUGUCUAUGUAUAGGUAUAGGUUUGAAAGCACGCUUAGAGGCCCGAAAAAAAAGCUUCGCUGAGUGCAGUGUGCGUGAGCGACGGCAUUUGAUUUGCUUCGCUUUCUUUUUGAGAACAUGAGAAAAUAAGAGUAAAACAGAAUUGCAAUUGUGAUAAACUAAAAA